UCCUUAGACGCCGCUGCGGUCCAUUUGAUAUCCUUCACAAAAUUUGCUCGCUCGGCUCCGCGGCGGCUCUGCCCCCAAAUCGCGAGGGCCAGUGACCGACGCCGUCUUCGUGUCCCCCCUAGAAGACGUAGGAGUCCGCAGCGUCAGCAAAAUGAGCCAGGCAGGAUGGGCCCGGCGCCGCGGCGCGGCUCGGACGUGGUGGUUUUGGUGAGCGCGUCCCACACAAGGAUGUGCGGCCCAGUGGCUGCCGCUGUACAUGAGCAGCAAGCGAGCGCGGCCGCCCUUGCGGCGGCUUCAUCCUCGUCACGCCGGAGGCCGUCGUACGUCAUGGCACAACCGCCACCGAACCCUGCGGUGGCCGAAGAGACCAACGAGCAGGAUCUCGCGUGUGACGUCAGCGUUUCCUUCGAGGAAGAAAACCACACGCCGGUGGUUCGCCUCGUUCACCACGGGCCCAGGGCGUACGUGGAAAUGAUCGACCGUGAGGCGCACUCCAGCAGGCACUCGGCGUCACCGCAGCCGCCCGUGGUGGUGAGCCGUUCACCGUCGCCACUAAGCCGGACCGUCUUCGCCAUUCAGCCGCCCCCCUACGCCCAUCGCUCGCCCUUCGUCUCCGAAAUUCAGAGCCAUGUCGCCAAUGCAGAUGGCCAGGCUGUCCUCGUACAGGGCGGCCACCAGUAGUAAUGCCGGAAGCCCGAUGUCUCCACGGUUCGCGCAGCCGGCAUUGGACUGCCGGUAUACCAGCCACAAGCGCAGCCGUUCGGGUUCGUGGUCCCACGCGAGGUCUCCGCCCUCGUCACGACCCCAGUCGGGAACAGCGCUACUCAAGAUCGUCGAGGGAUGCAGGCUCUGUGGCAAGAAGAGCAAGAUGCUGGAUGAACAGCGCGCAGCUCUUGCCGCAAGCCCCAACGACGUGCAGAGACGGGGGGAGCUCACGGACUUCGUGGCCUCGGCGUCUCCAGCGGGCCGCUCCGGAUCAUCGGCAACCGCCGCCAUCGUGGCUGCGGCCGCAUCGGCAGCCGGCAUACAACUGGAAGCCAACGGAAACGAUAUUGAGCCGUGUCUGGACUGCCUCGAGGAGUUUGUGCGCCGCAAGCGAGUCCAGAAAGGCGAAGCAGCGAUCGUGUCCGUGGAGAGGCUGGACGAGUUGAACGAGAAGGCGGGGCAGUUGCCACGCGCCUCAUCGCCGCUGCCUUCUUCGGAGAGGAAGGAGGUUAUAAAGGCAACCACCGUCACCAGUCACGUGUCUGCUGCUGAGAUGGCGGUGUGCACGCGUCCAAGUUCUCGAAACGCACCAGCAGAUGGAGCCACUGUUGGCGUCUCCGCAGCCAGCACUGGUCCCACCUCACUGUCCGUCCAUCAGGGCACCGUGUCCACCUCCCCUCAGUCACCAUCGCCCUAUCGCUGUCCUGUCUGCAAUGCCUGCAAAUGCUGCGGCUCUAUCCCGCCGAACUCGAAGACCUAGAGGAGCUGAAAAAUUCUAAGCAGUAAAGAAGGCGAU